AUGAGUAAGAAGUCCAUGGCGAAGUUGGCCCAGAAGAAAGUCAUAGUUGGGUUGGAUCAUGUUCAUCUAAAGAAGUGUGUCGAUUGCCUUGUGGGAAAGCAAAACCGAGUUGCUUUCAAAAGUUCCAUCCCUUCAAGAGCGAAGAAUGUGUUGGAUCUAGUUCACUCAGAACUCUGUGAACCCGAUGUCAACGUCAAAUCACUUGGAGGUGCCAGAUAUUUCGUGACAUUCAUUGAUGACCAUUCACGGAAGACUUGGGUGUAUACCUUGAAGACCAAGGAUUGGGCCCUAGACGUUUUCAAGCAAUUCCUGGCCCUGUUGGAGAGGGAAACUGGCAAGAAGCUGAAGUGCAUCUGGACUGACAAUGGUGGAGAGUACAAAGGUUCGUUUUCUACCUUUUGCAAGGAACAUGGAAUUCGGCAGCAAUUCACACCACCAAAGACGCCGCAAUUGAAUGGGCUAGCUGAGAGGAUGAACAGGACCCUGCUAGAGAGAGUCAUGUGCUUGUUAUCACACUCGAAGCUACCACAAUCUUUCUGGGGGGAGGCACUGCUUGCAGCAGUUUAUGUGUGGAACAGGUCACCCAGUGUGCCACUGAAGUAUGACACCCCAGAGAAGGUGUGGACAGGAAAAGAAGUUUCCUACAAAUAUUUGUGGGUGUUUGGUUGCAUGGCCUUUGUCCAUAUUCCAAAGGAUGAAAGGUCAAAGCUGGAUUCCAAGACGCGACCGUGCGUAUUUAUUGGCUAUGGUCAAGAUGAGUUUGGCUAUAGAUUCUUUUAUCCAAUCCAGAAAAAGCUUAUCAGAAGUCGUGAUGCUGUGUUCAUCGAAAAUGAGACCAUCGAAGAUGUUGUUGCUAGGAAAGAAGUUCCUAGUACUGAUGCUAGCCAACCAAGCCUUGGGCUAGUACCUCAAACACCGAGGCCUACAGAAGCUGGAGAAAAGGUACAACAUGAUCAGCCUGAGAUAGUUGAACAAGAUGCUGAUGAAGAUGGUCAACCACCAGUCAUUGAGGGUUCUCCUGUUCAAAUGACGAGAUUUGGUAGGGUCACACGACGCUCUACCAGAUAUCCUGAGACUGAAUAUGUGUCACUUACUGACGGGGGAGAACCAGAAAGUUUCACAGAAGCUAUGAUUGAUGAACACAAGCAAAGGUGGAUACAAGCCAUGCAAGACGAGAUGGAUUCCUUGUAUGAGAACAAGACAUUUGAGCUGGUGAAAUUGUCCAAAGGCAAGAGAGCUUUGAAGAACAAGUGGGUGUUCAAGAUUAAACAUGAUGAACACAACCGUCAGCCACGCUUCAAAGCCAGACUAGUUGUGAAAGGCUUCAGUCAACGGAAAGGCAUUGACUUUGACGAGAUAUUUUCACCUGUGGUGAAGAUGACAUCCAUUCGUACUGUGUUGGGACUAGCAACAAGUCUUAACCUGGAGGUUGAACAAAUGGAUGUGAAAACUGCUUUCCUUCAUGGUGAUUUGGAGGAAGAGAUUUACAUGGAGCAACCAGAAGGCUUCAAGAAAGAGAAAAAGGAGGACUAUGUGUGCAGACUCCGUAAGAGCUUGUAUGGCUUGAAGCACGCACCAAGACAGUGGUAUAAGAAGUUUGAGUCUAUUAUGGGGGAGCAAGGCUAUAUGAAGACUACUUCAGACCACUGCGUGUUCGUGAAGAAAUUUCCUGAUGGAGAUUUCAUCAUACUUUUGCUCUAUGUGGAUGAUAUGCUAAUUGCUGGGCAGAAUGUCUCAAAGAUCAAUGAUUUGAAGAAGGAUUUGAGCAAGUCUUUUGCCAUGAAAGACUUGGCGUGA